UCUUGGCAUGCGCAUUCAUUGAGCAACUGAUAACUCAGUUCAACAGAGGAUAGUUUCAACGUGCGGGAGAAUACCGUAACUGACAGUUCACAAAUAAUCGGAAAGAUGUUCAGUUUUCAUAAACCCAAAAUAUACAGAAGCAUUAAUGGAUGCUGUAUUUGUCGAGCCAAGUCCUCCAGUUCACGAUUCACAGACAGUAAAAGAUAUGAAUGUGAAUUUGAAAAGUGCUUCCGUAUUCGUGAAAAGAGGGCAGGGGAGAUAUGCAAUGCAUGUGUCCUGUUGGUAAAAAGGUGGAAGAAGUUACCAGAAGGAACCAGCAGACAUUGGCACCAUGUGGUGGACGCAAGAGCAGGCCCAGGAAUUAAGUCCUCAAUGAAGAUUAAGAACAACAAGAGCCCCACCAGCAGUAAAUACAAGUCUCCACUCAAGUCCAAGAAGCUCUACCCUAACAGCAUUCCCAGCUCUCUAUAUGACAUCUCAGUGAAUGAAGAUAGCUGUGACAAAGAUGAGUUUGAGGGCAGUGAGAGUGAGGAAUCGGAGCCGGAGGAGAGUCAGGAGAAUUGUCAGCGUAAGAAUAAAAGGAAGCAGACCGACCCACGCAUCAGUCCAUUCCUCGAUCUCAGCUACUGGAAAAAGACAGAAGUCUGCUGUGGCACAAUAUUCAAGGGACUGAAUGGUGAGGUCUUGGUGGACCCCCAGCUAUUACACCCCUGCUUCAGCUGCCACAAGAACAGGAACCGCCGCGGUGGAGAGAUCAGGCGGAGCCAGUCCACGGACGAUACCGAGAGCAAUUCCAGUACAAACAGCUUCGGAGAAACGGAAUUCCUGGACACCUCCUGUGUGGAGAAUGAUAUGGACAGUAUACCGUCACUGGAAAACAGUGCUGCGCUCUCUCUUACAGAGUUCAAGUGUUCAGAUGCAUUCGCCCAACCUCCACCCCUAGCCAUGGAGUGUUAAAUCACAGUGAACUUAGUCUCUGCAAAAUGAUCUAUCUCUCCAUGGUGGAUAUUAUUAUCUUGCCAAGAAGUGCAGCAAAAAUUUUGAAAUAUCAGUGUUGAAAAUGGAUGAGUGUUUGUAUUUAUGUGUGUAGUGAAAGUGAGAAUUAAUUUAUUUAAUUUUGUGCAAAAAAUUGGACAAAUGGUGCAUAAAAGUGUGAAUGAUGGUUUAAGUGAAAUUUUAAAGAAUAAAGAUCUGUAUGAUUAUAAACCUAUACUCAAGAACUGAGAGCCUUUAGUGUAUAAAGGUGAACUAUUUGAUUCCAGACCAAAGUGGCUUGACGGCUCUAGUCAGGACAUUUAUAGUCGUAGAAGCCUUCGCCUUGGGAAGUCAACACAUAACAAUGACCUUGUGAUCCACAGUGAUCUAUUACAUGGAUACAUGCAGCAAAUGAUGCAGCAGCGAUGAGAAAAUUUCCACAAUGCAGUGAAUGCCUGAUGAAAGUGUUUCGAUUACUUAUUGCCAAAAUGCUCAUUUAUAUAUGUUACAUACCAUAUAUAUAUAUUACAAGGACUUUUUACAACCAAAUUUUACUCUGUAAUUUGAUACUGAUAUUUUUAUUAGUACACUUGUACCUAACGUAAUAUUAAUUAUAUAUCCCAUCAUCAUCAGGCAUUUUUUCUCUGUUGUUUCCAUGGUAAUUUUAACAACACAGUUCAUGGUCAUCCACAUUUGUGUUUUUGGACAUAGUGGUCAUGAAAAAAGGGAAAGUAACAUUUUUAUUGUAUUUUUUUUUAAAAAUAUGAAGGUCACUUUUAUGAUGUUUCAAUUUACCACUGACAAGUUCCAAUAUCGCACAAAAAUAAAUGUCCUCGUCAUUGUGGAAAUGAAAUGUCAUAAAAAUGAUGUUAUAAUAUAUUUAUUAUUAUUUAUAACAUGGUACUGAUGUGCCAAGUACUUGUAUAUAUUGUUGUAUAAAGUUAUUUGUCAAUCAUUAUUUAUUUGCAAAGGAAAUAUCCCACAUGCAAUUUAUUGUUUUUUUCUUGCUGUUCAAACAUUUGGUUGUUCUUCUCUUGUCCCAUUACAAUACUCAACCAAAGAACAUUUCACAGAAGGGGUCAAAAUUGGAGAUUAAUGCACUAGGGUCAAAAUUGAAGAUUAAUGCACUAGGGUCAAAAUUGGAGAUUAACUGUACUGGAUUUAAUCAAUUCAAAUGAACGCUUGUAAUUUAUUUUUGAUGAAAAAUUAUUUUAUUUCCUUUUUUUAGUUAAAACAUCAACAACUCUUAACCGUAUUUUGUAUUGCUUUACUUCUUGCUUUAUAUAAAUACAAUUGUAAGAUUUUUUAUCCAGGAAGACUUGAGUUAAAAAGAAAAUAUUUCAUUGGAGGAUCUACUAUGGGGAAGUUAUGAUUUUAACCUUGUAAGGAAGUUACGGCUACAGUAAAUUAUUCUGCUUUCAUACAUUUCUUAUUUUGCAAAACAUUUUGAAUGUGUUUUUGACACAAGUUUGUCAUUUUCACCUUUAUACAUUUAUUGCAAGGCAUUAUAUGCACAGUUUAUCAUCUGGUGCUGUCAUUUUUUUUUAUUAUUUGAACAUUCAGAGUUGCUUUUAAUGACCACCGCAAACCCCCUAGAUAUAAAAUCAGGUGUUUUUUUUCUUAUGUUAAUUAAGAUUCAUUUUGUACAGGUGCAUAUCACUUAGAGUGUUGUAAUGUUAGGAUAUGAGUGUUGAUUCCUGUGAUUAGACUGACCGGUGUAAAUAAAUUUGGCCAGAAAUCAUUUGCUCAGUUGUAAUCUCGGCAUCUUUCAGGAAAAAAAGGUCUCUUUUUGUAAAACUUUUAGAAUCAGGAAGGUUUUGAAUUCCAUUGCACUCCCUCCCCAAAAAUCUGACACUGGGCAAAUGAUUUUAGUAUAAUAUAUAUUGUAUAAAUGUAGUGUGUGUUGUACAACCCUGUUAUGUAAUUUAUAUAAUUAACAGAUAAUUGAUUUCUGUGGUUCGCUAUAUGAAACCUGAAAAAUGACUUUCCUUUGGAAAAUUUUAAUUAAUGAACAACACAUUACGCAUUGGAAGAAAAAGUGUAUCUUGUUAAGUUUUGUGGUCGCUAUUUACAGAAAGAGUUUAAGCGAUCUUAAUGUUUCAUUAUGUCAGAUAUUUAUAGAGUCAGAUAUAUUAAUAUUCGUAGUUAUAAAUAGAAUGCAUGUCUUUCUUAAUAUUCUUACCUCUAGAAAAUAUAACCUAUUGUUGUCACAUGUUGAAUGUAGGAGGAGGAUCCAAGAAUUUCUCAAAAAUAGUCAAGAGAAUUUUGGCAGUUUAUCAUUGUGUGUACAAAGUUUUGAAAAUUGGUGAUAUAUUUCAAUUUCUGAACAAAUGAAUGUUGGAUCUUUCUCUUAUUAUUUUCCAAACUCGUUGAUGAGAUGUUCACACCAGUCACAUGUGUAUACUUGACCUACAGGAUAUGAAAUAUUUCCCCCACAUCAUAGUUUGGAUGGCCCUUUUUUCCCCAUUGAAACUAUAUGCAUGUUGUACUUAAUUAACCUUUAUCAUUUAUAUCUAAAUAUGGGAAAAAAUGGAGUAAGGUUCCAUGUUUUGACAAAGUAAAAUGUCUGUGUGCUAGCUGAAUCUACAUUUCUCAGCUUUUUGAUGAGCGUGGAUGAGAUUUGCUUUAUUUUCCUUUGAUUUAAUCAGGGAUAUAUUUUUUUCUCAGGGUAAAUUCCCCAGUAAUUGUUUGAGUUGCAUUAUCAUUGUGUCAGUCUGUCUGACUGUUUUUUUAUGAUUAUUUAAGUGUAGAACUUAAUUCUUCCCCUCUUUUUAUAUUGAAAAAAAGCAAAUGUUGCCAACUAUUUAUAUUUAUACUUUUUAAGUAAUUAUGAAAUGAACAAAAAAAAAAAUAUCAUUGAGUUGCUAAAGCAGCCCCUGCCAUUGCCACAUGUGACAAUGUGACUUAUGAGUGUUUAUGACUGGCAUCAAAUGCAGGCAUAGAAGAUUCAUCUUUCAUUACUUCAUGUUGAGAUGUUUUUAUCAAGGUCAAACCUGUUCCUGUCAAGGACACUGCCACAUGGAACGCAAGCCAAUAAAAACCUCAACAUUUUUUUUAUAUAUAUAUAAUAAUGUGUAAGUGUUCUCCAUGAAUACAUUGACUGAUCUCAAUAUUUAUAUAUUGUGUAUGCAUGACAAAACACUAUACUUGAAUGCUUUUUUUGACGUGUAAACAGUAGACCCCAUUAAGGGCCAGUAAGUAAUAUAAUACAAUGAUAAUCUGUCCAGAAUAUGUUCAUAAUAUAAUGUAUGUUUUUUUCCUCCCUUUUUUAUCAAUAUGUAUAAAUUGCUUGUGAUUUUUUGCUUUUUAUAGUGUAAAGGUUUGUGUUUGAUCUUUUUUUUCUGAGUCGCUCAAAUAUUCACUGUAGGCAGAAUUACACAUUGACUGUUCUUAAUUUUGGUAUAGGGAAAAAACCAAAACGAGGAGUUUACAAUUUAUUUUUAAGGUCUACCUCAGAGAUGUCCAGAACAAUGUAUAACUUGAUGAUUGUCUAAUGUUGUAUGUUGAGUUCUGGGGGACAAUUAACUGAUUUAGUCACAUACUUAUUUAAUCUGUCCUGUAGAUGUAAAAGAAGCGAAGGAAACAUUUUGUAUUCAGAUCCAUGGUGUGGGUUGUUUAUUUGGUGCAUCUCUGAUUUACAUUACUUUAUUUGUCUUCCACUGUUGAGAAAAGAAAACAUGACUGACAUCGAACACUCUUUUUUCAAAAUUCUUGACAUUUAGAACUUUUUUUUAGUUGAUAUUUGUUUCUGCCUAGAAACAAGGCACUGAUGGGAUAAAUGUAACUUUUGUAAAGUCGACAUACAAAAAGGGGGAGGGGGUAACUCAGUAAUGUCACAUAACUCCUCAAAAUGUUUCCCUCCAUUUUAACUAUAUCAUGACAGAUUGUUACCAAAUGCCAGUAUAUAAGUUAGAGACAUUCCGAAGUGACCAGUGUGACGGAAUAUUUCUGUGUCCUCUCAUUUGUACAUUACAUUAUUAAAGCAUUGUAUUGAAAAUAAA